AUGGGUCAUCAAAAUUUAUGGUUUUCGCAUCCUCGCAAAUAUGGACCAGGAUCUCGUUCUUGUCGAGUUUGUUCGAAUCAUCACGGAUUAAUAAGAAAGUAUGGGCUUAAUAUGUGUCGACGAUGUUUUAGAGAAUAUGCUUCCGACAUCGGAUUUAAGAAAGUAAGUGCAGGGACUAUUUGA